CGCUCCGCGUAUUACAAGUGUAGUAUCUUGCUUUGCACCAAUUGUUGCUCCACACACGUCCCGUGGCUAAACCCUGGGAUUGAAGACAAGCCUCGCAGGAGUGUCCUCUCAUGCCGCCUCCUGCGAGCUCAAGCAGGGCGGGCCUGUUCGCAAUAGGCUGUUGGGGCGAAGGAUCCAGGCGGCGGACUGUGUGGAAAGAAGGGGGUUUCCUCUUUCCCCUCAGUAGUGGCCACAUCAGGUUUCUUUUCCUCUCUCGGUAUUAGGGACGGAACUCCUAUGAGGCGGCUUCUGGGGCAGCUCCACCACAGGGCGAGGGUGCGGGUAGGCCAGCUGGCUCUCCUCCCCAAGCCUCUUCGGCGGCGGAGGGAAUCCCAGCCCCUCGGGAGAAGGCUCGGCAGCACAGCAGCAGCAGCAGCAGCAGCUCCUCCCCCCCGCCCCGGGUCGCUGCCGCUGCUCCUGGAGGGCGACUCGCGCUCUCGACCUGCCGCCGCCAAUUGACUGCUGCCGGGGGGGGGUCCAGCGGUGGCGGUGUGGAGGGGUCGCGGCGGGGCGAUGUGACUGUGGCCGCGGGGCUGGCUGGCGGACGGGCCAGCGGCUCGGUGGGAAGAUGUGGCUGAAGCCCGAGGAGGUGCUCCUGAAGAACGCCCUCAAGCUAUGGGUGACCCAGAAGAGCAGCGGCUACUUCGUCUUGCAGCGCCGGCGGGGACACGGCGACAGCGGCGGCCGCUUUACCGGUCGUCUGGUGGGUGCUCUGGAUGCAGUGCUUGACUCUAAUGCUCGGGUUGCUCCAUUUCGAAUUUUGCUUCAGGUGCCAGGAUCACCAAUUUACUCUGCCAUAGCAUGUGGUGAGUUGUUGAAUGGAUCAGAAGUUUACUGGGCCAUAGCCAUUGGUGCCACAGAAGAGGAGAUAAAUCAUCAUUGGGAGUGGCUGGAACAAAAUCUGCUCCACACAUUGCCUGUUUUUGAUAAUAAAGAAGAUAUUGUUAGUUUUGUCAAAGGAAAAAUAAAGGCAUUAAUAGCAGAAGAGACCAGCAGCAAGCUAGCAGAGCAGGAAGAGGAUCCAGAGAAGUUCAGAGAAGCCCUAGUGAAAUUUGAGACCAGAUUUAACUUCCCUGAAGCAGAGAAACUGAUUACGUAUUACUCAUGUUGCUGCUGGAAGGGCAAAGUUCCUCGCCAAGGAUGGCUUUACCUGAGCAUCAAUCACCUCUGUUUCUAUUCCUUCUUUCUGGGCAAGGAAUUAAAACUUAUCAUUCCCUGGGUUGAUGUCCAGAAGCUAGAAAGAGCCCCCAAUAUCUUUGUGACUGACAUUAUUCGCAUCACGACUCAAAGUAAAGAACGUGAUUUUUCCAUGUUCCUUAAUAUUGAUGAGGCAUUCAAGAUAAUGGAACAGUUGGCAGAUGUAACUCUCCGAAGGCUAUUGGAUAAUGAGACCUUUGAACUGGAUCCAGGUCUGCAAAAUCCUACUCAGAUCACCAAGAGGGAUCUUGAAUCCAGAGCACAGAAUGAAUACUUCAGAGCUUUCUUCAGGCUGCCAAAGAAGGAAAAGCUGCAUGAAGUAAUGGACUGUUCACUGUGGACUCCCUUUAGCCGCUGUCACACAGUUGGGAGGAUGUAUGCGUCAGACAGCUAUAUCUGUUUUGCUAGCAAAGAAGAUGGUUGUUGUAAUGUUCUUAUUCCACUUGUAGAGGUGGUUACUAUUGAGAAGAUGGAAGAUACUAGCCUUCUUCCCAACCCCAUCAUUAUUAGCAUAAAAAGCAAGACAGCCUUUCAGUUCAUUGAGCUGAAGGACAGGGAGACCCUGGUAGAGAAUCUGCUUCUGCGCCUGAAGCAAGUGAAGACCAACAAACCCGCAAUCCAUAACAAUGUGAAAAACAAAGAUAUGAACUCUCAUUCAUCAUCCACCGACUAUGAAUUUGGAAACUUGGGAAUAGUAGCUUCCCCAAGCAAUGACAAGCAUGAAAAUGAUAUAAACAACAGACACUUACUGAAUGCUGAGGCACUGAGUUCAACCUUUCCUCCUCCUGGAAUAGAUGGCCUGGAUUUUAGGAUGUCUAGGGAGCAAAUCAAAGAGAGUCUGUGGAAUGAUCACUUUACUGAGUAUGGCAGAACUGUUUGUAUGUUUCGAACAGAGAAAAUCAGAAAAUUAGUUGCUAUGGGAAUCCCUGAAUCUUUACGAGGAAAACUGUGGCUCCUUUUCUCAGAUGCUGUGACUGAUUUGUAUUCCCAUCCUGGUUAUUAUGAAAAGUUAGUGGAGGUGUCCAUGGGCAUGUGUUGCAUAGCAACAGAGGAAAUAGAACGUGAUUUACAUCGCUCCUUACCUGAGCACCCUGCCUUCCAGAAUGAAACGGGCAUAGCUGCUUUAAGAAGAGUGUUGACAGCUUAUGCAUGUAGAAACCCCAAAAUUGGAUACUGCCAGUCCAUGAAUAUAUUAACCUCUGUUUUGUUGCUGUAUGCCAAAGAGGAAGAAGCUUUUUGGUUGCUGGUUGCUGUGUGUGAAAGGAUGCUUCCAGAUUACUUUAAUCACCGAGUGAUAGGUGCUCAGGUAGACCAGUCUGUAUUUGAAGAGCUGAUCAAAGAGCGGCUUCCAGAACUAGCUGAACACAUGAAAGACCUCUCCACUCUGGCUUCUGUUUCCUUGUCAUGGUUUCUCACUCUUUUUCUCAGUAUCAUGCCCCUUGAAAGUGCUGUUAAUGUUGUAGAUUGUUUCUUCUUUGAUGGGAUCAAAGCCAUUUUCCAGUUUGGUUUGGCUAUUCUUGAGGCCAAUGCUGUGGAGCUGUGUAACAGCAAGGAUGAUGGGCAUGCCUUGAUGAUUCUUAGCAGAUUUUUAGAUCAUGUUAAGAAUGAGGAGAGCCCUUUGCCACUGAUUGGGAAUCAGCAUGCAUUUUUCAGCGAUGAUCUGGAACUCUGUCCUAUAACUGAAAUAGCAGACCUAAUUCGGGAUUCUUAUGAGAAAUUUGGGGACCAUUCCGUAGAGCAAAUUGAGCAUAUGCGCUAUAAACACAGGAUUCGUGUUCUGCAGAGUCAUGAAGAAACCACUAAACAAAAUGUGCUCAGAGUUGUUAUUCCAGAUGUUUCCAUUGCUCCAGAAGACUUAGAAGAAGUGUAUGAUUUGUUUAAGAAAGAACAUCUAAUGAGUUGCUACUGGGAAUGGAAUAGAGCAGUUGUAAUUCAGCGCCAUGACCCAAGCAGACCCUAUGCCGAGCAGUACAGAAUUGAUUCCCAACAAUUCACUAACCUUUAUAAACUUGUCUCACCUUGGACAUGUGGUAAACAUACUGAGGUUCUAGCAGAGAGGACAUUUCGGCUUCUAGAUGAAAAUAUGGACCAUCUUAUUGAAUUCAAGGGGUUUGCUGGCUGCUUAGAUAUUAUGUACAAUGGAGAAAUGAAUGAAAAGAUAAAAUUGUUAUACAAGCUGCACAUCCCACCCGCGCUCACAGAAAAUGAUAAAGACAGCCAAUCGCCACUUAAGACACCUUUAUUGUCAACUUCAAGGCCACUAGUCAUUGCAAAAUCAAAAGGUGACACUAUAGAUUAUCAGAAGCAACUGAAGCAGAUGCUUAUGGACUUAACCAAAGAGAAAGAUGCUAAGACUGAAAAAGAACUACCAAAAAUGAGCCAGCGAGAAUUCAUCCAGUUCUGCAAGACCUUGUACAGCAUGUUCCACGAAGACCCAGAGGAGAACGAAUUGUAUCAAGCCAUUGCCACAGUGACUACUCUGUUGCUUCAGAUUGGAGAAGUGGGUCAGAGAAGCAGCAGCAGCAGCACCACAGGCUCAGAUGAAUUUGCUGAAGACUUGCAGCCUGCAGCAUCUACAUCAGAUCAGGAUGCCGUUUUUACUGACACAGCGAAGUCUCCAAAGAGUGCACAAUCCUUACCGAUAACUGAAGGGAAUUGGAUUGUUUCCUUUGAACAGAUCUUAGCUUCACUAUUAACUGAACAGGCCCUAGUCAACUUCUUUGAAAAAUCCUUAGAACUGAAACCAAAACUGGAGAAUGCAAAGAUGACUCAGUACAACUUCAAAACAAAUGGUGCAAGUCACCAAAUACGAGGCGACUCUGAAAAUCUAAGUGUACAUUCAUAAAUGUACAAGACAGAAUUUGCUUACACCAAAGCACAUUUUGCAGUAGUUAAGGCUUUUGGUCUUUGAUUAUUCAUUGGUCUGAAAACUUCAGUCAGAGAGCUUUACAGCUAAAACACAUUUAAUGGGUGAUUUUGGCACUGUUUUCUUCUUGAAUGUAAUUUAAAAGAAAUUUCAUCUUCACUUGAAGAUUCUGCAUAUGUGUUCAGCUGUUUCAUUUUUGUAAAACCUGUUAACUCUUGGUUUGACAGUUUUAUCUAUGGCUACUGAAUGCAAGUUUUGUGUAUAAUUGCCUUUUUUGCACUCAUACUGAAGACUUGUUUCAAUGCUGGUAAUUGGAACCUAAUAUAUUUGACUUUGUAUGUCUUGCUUAAAUGUUCAGUGUACAUGGACUGUGCUUUUCAUGUUUGAGAAUGUGGGCACUUUUCAGUAAAAGGCUUUUGUAUUAAA